CAAACUAGGGUUAACUAUUAAGCUCCUCCGGGUGGAGUUCACGCUGAGAAUGGUUUUGGUUUUUUAACUCUUUCCUUUCCAGCCUGCGCAUUGUCUUCGGCUUCGUGCUGCUGGAUCACAAUGCCGAUGAUGUCACCACAAGUCACGUUGUUCUUCCUACGUGUAGUCACGUGACUGAUCACAUGCUGAUGACGUCAUCGAAGGUCCUUUAGAUCCUGCCUCUGAUCCUUUCUGCCAUGGAAGGGAAGGAGUUCUUGGAUAUCUACGGCAAUGCCAUUACCCUGCAGCGGAACUCGUACAGCGACACCUGCCAGGACUUCACCAUCACCAGCGCCAAGCUGUCCGUCCGCACGCUGGCCACCUGGACAUGCGUCGUGUGGUUAGUCGCCUACGGCGUCUUCAUCUGCACCCAGCACAAUGCUGUCCUGACGGCGGCCAUCUUGUUCUCCAUCGUAGGUCUUCUCCUCUACCUGCACCUGGUCAAGGUGGACCACGAGUCCCUGCUGAUCCUGGGCUCCUUGGGGAUCCAGAGGACCUCGACCUACGCCUCCGGUCGGGAGAACACGGUCUUCAUCGAGAUGUGCCGGGUCCAAGACGUCGUCAUCAACGAGGGCAUCUCCAUGCACCGGGUGAACUACUACUUGUGCCUCCUCCUCAAGGAUCCCAGCGGAGACGACCCUCAGGCCGGGGUGUCCCAGGUCAUUCCCGUCUUCCAGAGCUCCCAACCUCGGCUGGACUGCCUGGUGGAGAUUUACCGCAGCUGCCAGGACAUCUUGUCUUCUCGCCGGAGCAAAGCCGCCAGCUGAUGACGGACCUGAGAAAAAAUGGCCGACGCGUCUGAAGACGUUGUCCGCCUCUAUUGACUGUUUCCAGUUAUAUCUGUUUCUGGGAGAAUUAAAAAAAAAUAUAAGAUGUCUUCUUUUCCUUUUGUUUCCCAGCUAAGGUGUCUCCAGCUGUUGCAAAACUACAAAUCCCAGCAUGCCCGGACAGCCAAAGGCUGUGGGUCCCAGCAGGUUCUGAUAAGCGGGGGUAAUGGUAUAUAAUGAAACAGUGUUUCCUAACCAGUGUGCAUCCAGCUGUUGCAAAACAACAACUCCCAACAUGCCCGGACAGCCGAAGGCUGUCCGGGCAUGCUGGGAGUUGUAGUUUUGCAACAGCUGAGGGCACUCUGGUUGGGGAACAUAGUGUGUGUGUAUAUAUAAACAUAUAUAUAUAGUUCAUAUUUUUACCCAACACACAUUUCCUUUUGGCCUCCAUUUGGCAAUGAAAGUCUAUGGACCUGUUUAUUGUGUAUACUGGGAAUCGUGACGCCAACAGGCUCUAGAAUAGAAAUACUGUAAAUUAUUUUGGUUUUUUUGCAUUUUUUUGGUAUUUUUGACUGUACUUGUCUUCUCUCUUGUAUUGAUGAUUCGCUCCCCUGUAUUUGAUCCUCACUGGCGUAUUGUGCUAUUGUAAAACUUUCCAUAAAAUAAAUGAUUUUGAAAGCAAAUUUUACGGCGAUU